AUGCUUAUGCUACCAUCAAAAUGGGUAAUAUAUAUCUUGUUGAUGAUCAAUUGCGCUGGCGCACGCUGGUCGCGCGUCAGUCGUCAAGCGGGAUAUUCUUAUCAACGACCCAACGUACCAUUCUCGUUACCUACGGAAACAGGUAGUCAACAAGGAUAUCCAAGCUCUCAACCUAGUUACUCUUACCCUCCACCGCCACCGCCUCCUCCGCCACCUCCGCCUCCGCCACCGCCACCACCUCCUCCUCCUCCUCCACCAGGAUAUCCAAGCACUCAACCUAGUUAUUCUUAUCCCCCGCCACCACCUCCACCACCACCACCACCUCCUUCCCCGCCAGGAUAUCCAAGCACUCAACCUAGUUAUUCUUAUCCCCCGCCACCACCUCCACCACCACCCCCACCUCCACCUCCUCCACCUCCUCCGUACAAACCCCCGGCACCACCACCACCUCCACCACCACCACCACAACCUCCUUCCCCGCCAGGAUAUCCAAGCACCCAACCUAGUUAUUCUUAUCCCCCGCCACCACCUCCACCACCACCACCACCACCGAGAUACAUACCACCGGUACCGCCACCACCACCACCUCCUUCCCCGCCAGGAUCUCCAAGCACUCAACCUAGUUAUUCUUAUCCCCCGCCACCACCUCCACCACCACCACCACCGAGAUACAUACCACCGGCACCGCCACCACCACCACCUCCUUCCCCGCCAGGAUAUCCAAGCACUCAACCUAAUUAUUCUUAUCCACCGCCUCCACCUCCUCCACCUCCUCCGCCGCCGCCACCACCUCCUCCUUCAGGUCCUGGUCUUUCAAACUUUCCAAUAACUGGUGGUAUAAUAAAGUUAAGCGGUCCAGCUCAGAGUUCAAGUUUUGCGACCAAUCCUUCAGAUGAUUUUCCAAACUUUCCAUUAACUGGUGAUGUGAUAAAGUUGAGCGGACCAGUUGGAGGCUCAAGUUUUGCGACCGCCUCAAGUUCAGCCAGCGCUAGAGCGUCGAGCAGAACGUUUAUUGGACAACAAAAUUAG